GGAUGUCCAAAAGAGCAAUGAAGAGAACUCUAGGAACCUUAAAGGGUAGAAAGAACAACAGGACCAAGAAUGAGAAUAAACCCGUGGAAGAUGCAGAUGCCGAUGCAACGAGUGAGAAAUCUUUUGAAGAACAAGGAAAUGCUCCAAAGGCAUCAACAAUGUCUAAACCUUCAGUGGCUGACAUUGGCCAAAAUAAUGCAGGUCUUGCAUUGAAGGUGCAAUUAUCUGAAGAGGAUGUACGCAAUAUUCUUAGAGACGUUUUCAUCUCUGUGUCUAGGAGACGUACCGCCAUAGAGCAAAUAAUCGCCAAAGAACAGGCGAAUGAAUUAGCUGCUGCUUUCAUGGAGUCAUUUGAAAAAAGGGCCAAGUUUACAAAGAGAUUCUAUUUAGACGGUCGAAGAGAACCACAGGAGAUUCUCUACAAAGCGGCAGAGGAAAAUUUGAAAGAUUUGAUUAUUCGUACAACCAGCAACCCAUGUACAUUUGAAGGAAAACCACUGUUCCUUCUCAAGCAUCCUAUGUGUCUGCUACGAACUCCGGAAUUGGACAAAAGAAUGAAUACCAGGCUAAAGCAAUUACGCGCUGAGAAAUUGGAAAUGCAGCAGGUAUUUAAAAUUUAA